AUGGCUCCAGUCAACUUGCCUAAUGAAGUGUUUCUCCUGAUCGCACAUCAACUGCCUGAUCAGGCCAGUCUCUCCAAGUUAAUGCAGACAGACUGGACCAGAUAUCAACUUCUGUGGGACUAUCUCUACGAUCGAGUGCCUGGGAAUGAAAAGAACCGCGUUCUCGUCUGGGCGGCAGAACGUGGCCAUGAAAAAGUCGUGCGCGCCAUGCUGCAGCGCGGCGGCGAAUACUAUUCUCUAAAACGCUCGCGCCUUGACCACGGCCUGGUGGAGCCAGGACCAAGGUUGUGGCUCGAUAGCGCCAUUGCCGGUGCUGCGGGUAAUGGCCAUGCGAGUAUACUGCGACUCUUGCUCAAACGACAAUCCGGUGCAUUGCAGAUGCCGUUUCCUAAGCGUGACGCGCCACUCGCGAGAGCUGCCGCUCAUGGCCAUGCUGAAGCAGUCAGCAUCCUCCUGGAGGACAGCGCCGAGAUUCAAUCAAAGCUCACAACGGAGCAAGCUGUCAGGGAGAGUCGUGAGGAUUCUCUGAUUUUCAGCUUUGCGUUGAACGAAGCGCUUCGGCGGGGUGACGAAGAGAUCGCGAACCUCCUACUUGCGGACGAUCGCAUCGAUCUGGACUCGGAGAGUCUCUGCGCGGCCGCGUCGGGCGGGAAAGAGCGACUCGUGGAUCUGUGCUUGCGCCAGGGGCCCGCGUGGCGUCCCGGCACGGGCUUUGAAUCGCCGCUCGGGGCAGCCGCACGCAGAGGCCACCAGAACGCAUUUCUGAAGAUCGCGGGAUUGAAAGACGUCGACUUGAAUAUGAGAGAUGAGCCAGGCAGGACCCCGCUUGCCGUUGCUGCAGAGCACGGGCAAAAUGGAAUUGCCGAAAUCCUCUUGGGCUCUCCGGGCGUGGAUGUAGACCCCCGGGAUAAAUCCGGCCAAACGCCCCUUCAUCAUGCUGCCAGAAGGGGCAAUACUGUGCUGGUUCGAAAGCUCCUGGAAACCGGCGCGGUGGAUGUGGACAAUCGAAGGUCGGACAUUUAUAUCCCCUUGAUCUCCGCGGCCAGCUUUGGACAAGUCGAGGUCGUGAAGCAGCUGCUGGAGGCGGGGGCGGAUCCUGAUCGUCCAAAUGACCGGGGGCGCACACCCUUAGCCACCGCAGCACUCUCGGGGGCUGAUCAAGUCGUGGAGGUCUUGCUGGCAACAGGACGAGUGAAUCCGGACUCUCGGGAUAGUGCCCACAUGACUCCCUUGAUGCAUGCAGCAGGCUCCGGCAGAUUCUUGAGUAAACCUGACAACUUUGUGCGAACAAGAGCAUUUGAAGUAGAGACUGAGAAGGUGAUCAUUCCACUGCUGAAAGGCGAACAGCCACCCGCCUUGAAUCUGCAGGGACUCUUUCCCAAACCCGACAUUGACCGGGACAUCUCCACUCGUGGCGCGCUUUCCGUGAUGAAGCAGCUUCUGUCUCUGGACCAGGUUGACCCCAAUGCAAGAGAUAGGCAAGGGCGGACUGCACUGUCGUACGCCGCUGAAAUGCACGAAGUGGACGCCAUUCGGGUGCUGAUGGAGGACGGGCGCGUGGACGUGGAUUGCGCCGACAACGAUGGUUGGACACCCAUGACCUGGAUGCAGAAGAAAGUCAAGUCUGGCCUGUGGAGCCAGGAUUGGGAGGCAUACCUCGGGAUCUAA